CUGGAAGAAGAAACGUUGUAGAAGGAAAGAUUCCAAGGAAAUCUAGAGUUGUGAAUGGUCUAGAUCGGGUUUUCUGUAUCUUAAAAUGAACUACACUCCAGAUACGUUUAGUAUAGGUGUGACUGGAAACAGAGGAGUGAAUUUUGUGAGCGGUAACGCGGAUCUUAGCGGAGCACUGAUCAUUAAAGCUCGUCUUGGUGACGAUAUAAGAUGCAUUCCGAUCCACAACGAAGAUUUGACGUACGAUGAUUUGCUCUUGAUGAUGCAACGCGUUUUCAGAGGCAAACUCAGUAGUACAGAUGAUAUUACAAUUAAAUAUAAAGACGAAGGUAAGUAUUAGUUUAUUUGUGGCUUGUUAGAAAUGAGACGAAAGUGAUUCACAACAGCUUGUGGACAAUGAUGAUUCUAAUUGAAGUAUUUGAACGUGACACUUGUCUCGAUUUGUUGUAGAUGGGGAUCUCGUUACAAUUUUCGAUAGCUCCGAUCUUGGUUUUGCAAAAACUGUCAGUAGGAUGUUGAAGAUAACAUUAUUUGGUGAGUUGCCUUCUUAUUUAACAAUUAAACCACAGGUAGCCCAAGCUCGAAAUAUGAGCAUCGGCGAGCAUCGUCAUUGUUGCGUACCAUUCAAAAUAUAAGGAUUUGUAUGGGAAAAAAACCUACCGUUUCUGCAACCUACGAAAAUGAAAGGAUUUCAAUAAAAAACAGCUUACCUUACUUAAAACUUGUGUUACAUCUCUCCUGUGUGGUCCACGGGCCAAUUUUUGGCCGUUUUAUGGGUUUUUAUGUAAACGGUUUUCUCUCUAUAUAAAGGUCUACCAAGGUUGGGCACUCCAGCGAAGCGGCCCGACUGAUCCACCGCAGGAAAGUGGCCGGAAAUUCGCUCCAACUGCUCCAAUCGCCUCCAAAUUCCGCCUGGGUAACACACGAUAGUUCUCCUUUCUAUCCGUUAUCUUGCUUCAAGACUCCUUUGCACCGAGAGUGAAUCAAAGGCCACAAAUCUCUGCAACCUUUCCUGUCUGAAGCCAUCGACUGAGGCUCGGCCUGAACUCCGCAUUACCGUUGACAAAUAGCGACACGGCCUGAGACACAAAUUACUCACACUCGGGGUGGGAGACAAUCUCUUGCUCCCGUUGUCUGGCAACAGGGCAAGGACUGUCUCCCUGGUGAGUGAGUAAUUUGAGUCUCAGGCAGGUAACUAUCUGUCAGCUGCGCGGGUUCAGGCCAACUCAGUCGAUGGCUUCAGACGGGAAAGGUUGGAGAGAUUUGCGGCCUUUGAUUCGCUUUCGGUGCAAAGAAGUCUUGAGGCAAGAUAACGAAUGGAAAGAAGAACUAUCGUGUGUUACCUAGGCGGAAUUUGGACGCGAUUGGAGCAGUUGGAGCGAAUUUCCGGCCGUUUUCCUUCGGUGGAUCAGUUGAGCCGCUUCUCUGGAGUGCCCAACCUUGGUAAACCUUUAUCUAGAGAGAAAACCAUUUACAUAAAAACCCAUAAAACGGCCAUAAAUCGGUCCGAGGACCACACAGGAGAGACGUAACACACAUUUUAAGUAAGGUAAGCUGUUUUUUAUUGAAAUCCUUUCAUUUUCGUAGGUUGCAGAAACGGUAGGUUUUUUUCCCAUAUAAUCCUUAUAUUUUGAAUGUUACAUAACAAUGCCGAUGCUCGCCGAUUCUCAUAAUUAUUUUGAGCUUGGGCUACCUGUGAGUAAAAGUGCAUAAUUAUCAUUGCGGUCAGUAUAAAACACGGACUGCAGACCACGGACUGUGGACUGGGUAUAAAACAUCGACUAGAUAGCCUGGAACAUGAACAGGCUUUGCCUGAUUGGGCAGAAAUUAUUUCAUCAUUACCAGAUUAGAGUGCAAACAGAAAAAUUCUUCAAAUGCUCUUUGAAUUUGCAUAUUUCUGGUUCAUUCUUAUUCAUUUGGAAUUGAAACCAUGAAUACGUUCAUACUGAUGUACGCUCCCGUAGUUUCCUUGAAACCCAUACCUGAUUCCAGUGUUUUCAGGCCAAAAAGACCCAAAAAACCCUACGCUCCCCGGGUCCUAAUCCCUUUCAUGAUUGUUAGAGACCGAGACCAGGUCUAAAAAUGGGUGUAGAAAGUAUCAGUUUUGACGUCAGGCUCAUGACUCAGAGAACUGGGCAGCACGAGUUUCUAAGAGUAUUUAUAACUUAAACCCACAUGUCUUGCUAUUUAGCAAUCUUUUUGGCCUUAUUUUUACCUAGAGCAAUUAGCACCGCUUUUACCAACGUAGUCCGUAGUCCAUAUUUUAUACCCAGUCCGCAGUCCACAGUCCGCGUUUUAUACCUAGUCCAUGUUUUAUACCCAGUCCGUAUUUUCCAGACCGUGCUUUAUACCUAGUCUGUAUUUUAUGCCCAGUCCGCAGUCCGUAGUUCACGGUCCGCAGUUCAUGUUUCAUACUGACCAAUUAUCAUUUCUUUAACAUUACUGUCCUCACACAUGCACCUUCAACCCACAGGCUAAACAGACAGGCGAAGAAGAUCUUUCUUUCAUAUGAAAGUCCAGUUAUUGACCUGAUUGGUCAAUUAAGAUGAGAUGUUGUUAGUGGUUUGACAGUUAGGCCAUGACGUUAUUGGCUACAUGUAUGAUGACUCGUAAUGUCAUUGGUGCGUUUCGAUCUGUCUAUUGUCAAAGUUAAACAGUUGUUUAUUGUCAAUCAAAUUAAUAUUGUCUGUUGUCCAAUCAUUCUCUCAUAGUUAGUUUACAGCUCACUUUGACUCUGAAAAUGACUACUGCACAGGUUAUCAAAACGUCAGUCACUUUCAACAACAGUCCUAUUAAGGACUAUGUUCACUUGGGCCGAGUUGUUCAAAGCUGGGUUAAAAUAACCCAGGGUUACUGCAAGAUUUGAAUUCAGAUUUGAAGGAUUGAAAAGCAUUUCAAUUUUAAUUUUUUUUGUCUACAAUUUGAUGAUUGGGAGCUCUAAAAAUAACAGAGAAAAUUACCUGAGAAAAUGCUUGUGAACACAAGAAAAAGAAACUUGGGUUAAAUUUAACCCCAUGUUAAGUGCUAAUCGGCCUUCCAACAACUGUGCCCUGGGCGAUCGCUAGUAUUUGCAGGCAGGAGGAAAAGAGCUUGCCAAAUACCAUGGAAAAGAGGCCUCUGCUAGCAAGGAAUUUACAUCCACUUGGAAAAAUAACAUUUCUUUGUCUCUGUGCUGUUAAUUUGUUUGUGUGCCACCCUCAUUUAUUACAAGUUCCUACAUUUAUGUUAUGCAUUUAUUGUUUUACUCAGUUAAUGGAAUUCCAAGACCCCCUGAGCAUAUGCUUGUUGCAGAAUUUAGGAGAGAAUUAACACAGCUUAGAGACAGAGUAAACUACUUACUGAAUAGACUGGACACUAGUGACGACAGUGAAUCACCCAAGGGGGAACAACAACAGCCAGUAGAAAAGAGAAAUGUACAAGGUUUGUUUCCUGUUAAUAAUGAUGAUAUCAUAUAAUAUGUGAGGAUGUUUGAAUGAUUUUUUUUCAACAUGGUGACAUCAUUGUUUACUGGUAAAAAUUACAUAUUUAUCUAUUUAUACAGGAGCAUCUGGUUUAGCAUAGCUAAUUUAAACAGAGUCCUGUGUAAAAAGAAAAAAAACUACUAUCAUUAAUUACCACUAAUCGAUAAAAAUGCCACUAUCUAAUUAAUACAAAACAAUUAUGAAAAGAAAGUAGUACACUAAAAGUGAGUAAGCAUACGACGAUGGAAGGAUUUAAGGGAAAGCUGCCUGGGACUUGAAAUACUUUUUCACAAUUUGUUGAAGUCUUUAAUGGCUCUAAUAUUGGAGGGGAGGGAAUUGUAGGCCAGCGCACCAUUACAACCCUCCAAGUUAACAUUUUUGUUUAGUGGCCAUUUUGUGACCAACUCUUUGGGUUUAGUCACCAGGGGAAAUUUUAGGCACCAAAUUAUAUUAAUAAAUUAAUAUAUCAAAAAUUGUCAUUAACAAAAGCAGUUAGCAAGUUUAACUUAAAAUGCUGCCAGGACUGUUUACAAAUUACUCAUUUAUUGUGCAAGGCAUUCUUUACUGAUAUUCUGAGAACAAGAUUUGCAGAUUCAUCUCCUUGAUUCAAUACUGAAGCGGAAUUGUAAAGACAAUUACCAUUUCCAGUUGUCUUUAGGGCUUUCAAUCCUUCUGAGUGUAUAAUCCUCAGUUGGUAUAUGAAACCAGAACUUCACUCAUCCUCUGUUAAUGUGUUCAAAACUUCCCAGUCGCAACUUGAAGGUUGAUUUAUUUUUUCUGAUAUUUGUUUCGCAUUUCUUCUACGACUUUUGUUGAUGAUGGACUUGUUUCCCCAACUAUCAAAUAUUUUUGGCAAUUUAAAAGGUUGUUUUUAAUUUCACUAGACAUUGCAAAAACCUCACAAAUGCAGGAGAGUAUACAAAGAUCAACAAGUCUUAAAUCAAUUUAUUGCUUAAACAGAGACAACAUUGCGCACAAGAAAAUCUUGCAAUGAGUUGCACUGGGCAGGCCAUCUGAUAUUAUGCGAUGGUGUGAUUUCGCACAAUUGACCUCAAAUCGCAUCUGAUCGCACAAUUUGAGGAAAAUUACAUAAUCCGUAAAAAAAAUGCUAAAUUCGAGUAAAGUAAACUAUGAAUUCCAACUUUAAUUAAACAUUUUCCCAAUCUUGAUGUUAUUUGAGGUGAUUUACCACUAAAGAAAGCCUUGCAAGACAUCUGAAGCUUUCGAUCACGGUAUCUGGGCAGCCAUUUUGAUUUCAGAGACAAGCAAUGUGGUCAGCGGUGUAACGGCAUCAUGUAAUAUUAAACAAGUGUCUGUUGUCUUUUCUGCGUCAAGAAAUUCGGACAGAUUUGACUAUUUUGCCUUAAAAUAAAAUAAAUGUUUUAUUAUUCCUUUACAUUCAAAUUGCCUGUUAAACAACAUUAAAGUGGUUUUUCGCCUUUGAAACUUGGUAAAACAAUGUAAAUUAGCCCUGAAAAAAAUCGCAUAGAUUUAAUAUAUCGCAUAACAGUCCUAUCUUAUCGCACAAUCUACCCUGAAAAUAUCGCACAAUUUCUGAUUUUUUACCGCACCCUAUCAGAUGGCCUGACUGGGAAAACAUUUUCUUCCCAAUUCAAUAAAAGGGAACCCAAACAAAAAUCUGCUUUUGAAAUAACAGAUUUUCUUUUUCCUUCAUCAUCACUACAGGUGUUCAACAAAUAAAUUUGUUACAACAACCAUAAGCUGUUGGUUUUUGCGAUUGCUUAGAAUUAUCGCUUCUAUUUACAAAACCGCGAUUCAACUCACUAUUCGGCUCUCAUGUUACUGUUAUUACACAAUUUUCUGUGUUGUCUUUACACCAGUUAAGCUUUCCCUCUUUUUGUCAUUAGAUUAUUUAUGGAUUCAAAAACAUUUAAAAUAUGUAGUCCAGUUAAAAAACCACCAAGCUUGGCCAGACAAGCAUUCCGAAGAUAUUGAAAAAAUCGACACUGUCAACAAGCAAGGCACUUUGAUUGCGUGCUAAUUGUCAUGUGGCAGAAGGUUAAAAUGCCACGUGCAAGGUGAACGAAUGCAGGUCAAGUUUCAAUGAUGUUCAUUUCAAAAUGCUUGGCUCUGAAACUUUUUUAAGCUCUCAAUUUAGCAUGUUUUUCAACGGAAAAGUAAUAAUAAUAAUAAUAAUAACAUGUUUAAACAGGAUGACCAUUUCAGUUAUAAAAACUGCUAUCAAUAUGGGUCCUGUAAAAGUAAAAAAGUAAAAAAGUAAUAGUAAUCAAAUCAGCUAGAAUAAAUGUUCUUCAUAUUUUGGCAGAAGUGAUUACCAUUUUUGUUUCUUUAUGAACCUAUUCUUCACGGUCGCCAAUUUGGGGACUACUUUCCAAAUCAAGUCGCCAGUUCUAAAAUUUAAGGCGCCAUAGUGACUAAAAUGGUCGCAACUUGGAGGGUUGUGUUAAUGCCAAAACUGUCCUGGUACAUGGUGGUUUUAGCCAGAGGCAGCCGUAGCUGAUCACAUUGUCUUGUGAAAUGGGAGUGGAGUUGGUGCGUGCAAAAAUAUUGCUCAAACCAUUCCAUUCUGGAAUGCUAAUUUCACACUGAAAUGAGUGGUUGUUCUUCAUUUACAUGAACAACUUUGCAAGAUUUUGCACUGGGAAGAAAAUGAUUCUAACCCCAGAGGAACAACUGGGGUGAACUUGAACCAGUUUUACUCAUUCCAGUAUGACAAACUUAUAAUAAUAACAAUUAUUAUUAUUAUUAUUAAAUUACCGGUAUUAUUAUUAUUAUUAUUUUAUCAUUUACAAGGAAAUGUACAUGUAGAGCCAUGAAAGGGAACUAGGGUACAGUGUAAACUUGCACUGGCAGAGAAGUUGCCCCUGUAUUGUGUAAACACCCCCCCCCCCCCCCCCCACCCAAGAGUUGAACACUGUAAAAAAAGAUUAGUUGUGAAGAAUUGGAUGGGGAUUUGCAGCCAAUCAGAAAAGGGGAAAUAUUUUGAAGUGUCAUAUUAUGGAAUGUAAUGUUAUGAAUAAAAAUGCAACCUGCAGGUGUUAAAAUACAUUUAUUUUAUAGCUAAGUUUGUUUGCCCUGUGAUGGGUCAAUUUGCAGUCCAUAACUUACUGUAUCGAUUUAUGAUCUAUUUAUAGCCCGUGCACUUCGCACUUGGGCCAUAAAUCAAUUAAAAAAACUUGUUCUGUAAUUUACAGUACAGACCUCAAUUUCACCUAACAACAGGUACAUCAGUAGUAUGUACAGCUGUACAUAGUGUAAAAUUGAAGGAGUACCUUAAUUAGUAACCUGAUUAACUGCUAAAUUCUCCUUUCAAUUUGCCAUAUUUAUGCUUUCAAAUUCAAGGGAUCUAUUUUAUGUUUUAUUAGUAGUCACUUCAAGCCUUAUUCACUCAUGCUUUAAUUGUCAAAUGUUUUAGUUUCUUCUCAAGAGAGAUUACCUUCUGCCCAUGUACCGCCUCUCAAGCCUACCCCAGAGGUGACCAUGUUUGAUCCCCUUGCUCCAGAUAAACAGCAGGCAGACAGCUCUACAGGGACUGUACCACAGCAAUUGUACCCAAGUACCGAUGCAGGUGAAGCCUUUUACUGCACUUUUUGAUAACAUGCAAACUCUAAAAUUUACUUGUAAUAGCCAGCUCACAAUAAAUAAUAAUUAUUUAUUCUGAGCUGGCUAUUACAUGUAAAUUUUGUCUUUUUCACCACUGUCAGUCAUAAUAAUUAUUGCCAUCACAAGCAGUGGACCCUGACACACAGAAACACACAGAAUGGAUUGAAAUCCAACGAUCACAAAUCACAAGCCAUGAACAUUUGAACUCAUUGAAGUGAAGUUCUGUUUCCUGAGAUGUCUGAUAAGUUGAUUGAUGAGUGUGAAAGAUAAUGUUAGUUUGCUUUUGAUCUUUUGAGUUCGCAUAUCAUUGAAAAGCAUGGUAACAUUCAAGCAAAACUUCUCUGUACACCCAUGUCUUGCCUUAUUGGCAAAGAAAAAAAGCAUUCUAAGAUCUCUGCUUCCAGCCAUGGCCAUGUGGUGUAAGAGAUUGUGACUUUGGGAGGGGUAACCUUUCUUAGACUGGCUUUUAAUAAGUUGAACAUUUGAUGUUGUUUUAAUGAUGUAUCUAAGGAUAACAGUGGGACUCAUCAAAGUAUUGACAGUAUAAAGUGUUGUCAAGGAAAUAAUUUAUUAUUUGUCUCUGUGCCAGAAUAAUGGUAUGAUGAUAUACGUGCACAUGUACUUUUUCAGUCUGGUUUAUCUCACGGUUAGUUUUACUCUGAUCUCACACUCUGAAACAAAAAGGUCUAUAAUAGUAUGUAAACUUUAAUAUUGUUUUUUUUAUUGCAGGUGUAAAGCCUCAAGGAGAUCUUAGUUCCCAAGGAUAUCCAAGUUCAACCUCCCCAUCACAGUCAAUGCAGCUUCCACUUCAACAGAACGUUGCACCAUCAGCCCCUUCAAGCAAAGUACCUGCGGGGACGUCAUACACACAGCAACCUCAGUAUCCCCCACAGGGCACCCAACCUAGUCAAGCUCCAGCACAAUCUUAUGCCCCGACGUCAACCCAGACACAGUCUGGGUACCCAGGUGGCAGCACAGCAGCUGCAUAUCCCACCAGCCAGCAGUCUUACAGUCAGACCAGUCAGCCAGGCUACACACCACAAAGCCAGAGCUAUUCAGCAGCUGGGGUAACACCAUACUCCAGUACAGGACAGUCGCAGAUGCAGUAUCAAGGUGGUUAUGCACAGCAACAGACACAACCACAGGCUCAGGCUCAACAGCAACCUGCGGCACAGAGUGGUUAUGGUGGCGCUCAAGGGUAUCCUAGCAACCAGCAGUAUCCACAGCAAGCAGCUUAUAACCAGUAUUAUAACUAUCAACAGCAACAGCCUUAUCCAAAUUACUGAUGACUGAACUUGUAAUGGUAGACUCUUCUUGUUCUGAACUUGGGAAGAGUUAAUAGAAGUUUGUAUUUUUUCAGAUUUCAAUAUAAAAUCAACACUUUGGCUAAAUAUUUAGUGAACCUCUCGUAAGCUACUAGCCUAAUUUGGCACUUGCUUAUCAGAGAUGGUUGCCUAUGAGAGGUUCCAUCUAUGGUGUUUGUACUGGGAAAUUAACAAAUUGAAAACAGUUUUCUAUUGUCUACAAUAAUUCUAUACUGUUAUUUUAAUUUAGCUUUGAAAUUAAUGACAACAAAAUGUUAAAAUAUUUUAAGAGAGUGGUUUUGCCACAAAGUUUUUAACAUUUUGAUGUCAUUUCUUUGGCCACAAGAUUAUAGACCGCGGGAAAUUGUUGUCAAUUUUUUUCACAAGAACAUUGACAAUCUUUGAGAGCCAUUUCUGCUGAAGUUUCAUAGAAAAUUGUGCACAAGGGAAAGAAAAAAACAAAUCGUACUACUAUCAUCCUGUCAAUUCAAUGGUCUAUACUCUCAUGGACCGCAGCUCUGAGUUUAAGCUUUUGAAAGUUGAUUCUGGCGCAUGAAAAUAGAGUUUGGUUUCCAGAGGAGGAAAAUGCUUUUGUUCUUGACCAACAACGUGGCUGCCGUGACGUCACUUGCCAUCGACCAAUUGUAAAACUGGUUUGGAAAUCUUGAUUGGUGGUUGCUUCUGAGAGUUGGGGUCCCUAAUGAUUGAGGCUUCUGUGCCUCAGUUAUGAGUCAAUUCAGCAUCUAGAGUUUCGAUGUUCUUAUUGAAAGAAUUAACGUAGUAGGUGUCGAUGUUUAUAAGAAAACUCUAAACUUGGAAAAGUAGCUAAGUUGUCUGAUUGCAGCCUUGAAAUGGCCAUGCCAUAGUUUGAUUUUUUUUGUGCCAAAUGGUAUAUUGUACUCGAAGGAAGAACUGUUUAGAAUUUUAGGUAAAUGAUCUCACAUUGAAUGGAACUUAAAAGAAAACUAGUGCCACAUAACAAGGUCUUUGUUGGAAGUCGCUGUAUCAAGAUACAUGUAUUUGUCACUUAAGACUGUUUUCGUAGAGGCUUCCUGGCUUAGCGCUAGAUGAGAACACCCCUUAUCCACCGCUGAUCCAUUGGUCACGUGCGAAGUGAGAACUUAAUAUAUGUCCUGGAGUCUCCGAUCAAUUAUACAGGGAGCGUCUGGGCUUCGUUCGUGUUAGCUGAGUUGGUCAGAUUUUUUUUGGUUCAUUCUGGUGAUAUAAAGGAGGUUUGGGGUGAGCUUCUUGUUUGAAAUCUAAAUCCGGAUAUUUAAUUGAAAAACGCCGGAAAUGUCGUUUCUUUUCCAAAAUCCAGAGAGGGGUUAUUAAUUUAUCCAAAUUUAUGACCCUUGCCAAUGGUGGAUUCUUAAUAUCCGGCUGAUUAACGUAUCACUUAUUUGUUUCACUUGGUCCAGGUGAAAUCAUAACAUAAAGAGGACUUCCAUUCUUAUAGUUCACCAUUUUGAUGGCGACAACUGGAAGCGAGGUAGUCUCCCUUUAAACUUUAUCCAGACCGGGGGGGUGGGGGGGCUUUUUAGGUUCAAAAACGCCUUUGCUUUCAGCGCGUCUCCACAAGGGUAGAUUUUUGUUACCUAGAGUACCAAAGAGUCCCAAAAUGCAUCUUAGCAUGGUCUGGAAUUACCUAAGUAGUUACUGGGUACCUCUCCAGGGAGUUAUGGUUCCGCAGCAGCUUCUUGGGUACAAAUAAAAAAAAUACCUUUUUCCCUACAAUUGCCUGCUACAUAGUGCUGUAAAAUAUAUUUUUGGUCAGUUCUGUAUAAAUAUAUCCAUGAACUGAGCGAUGA